AAAUCCAGAAAUAGAAAUUCCAACUGAUAGUCGCUGAGAAUAUGAUUAGUCAUAAUUAAUAAGUAGUUUAUGAAUUCACGAAAUAAGGCAAAGCAAGAACAGACAAGAUAAAAGGUCAAACCUUCAACAGAUUUAGAAGAGUUACCCCUUCAAAGUGAUGAUGAUGAUGUACCUUAUUUUUCAGAGAUUGAGGCAAUGGUGCGCAAUAUGGAUUUGGAUCCAGAAGACCACAAUUUAUAUGAUCAGGAAGUUGCAAGGUAUCAGCAUGAGGACACUAAAAGGGCAAUUAUACCGCUGGAGCAGUUUGCCUGUUCUUACAUGCAAAGGGCCAUUGCAUCUCAUGGAGCAUUUGCCAUAUUGUAUGGCUGCCAUUCAAAGCAUUAUAUCAAAAAACCUGAGGUAUUCAAAUGUUACUAGGCGUUUAGAGUUGGCUGGUAUUGUCUUAAGUUCAGCCAUUCUUCUGCUUGAAAUGUUGCCUCCUGAUUUGACUAACAUGUGCAGUCUUGGUAGAGCAACAGAAGAUUUUUCUGUUGACAUUGACUUGGGACUCGUUGCCAUAAGCAAACCUAAUAUCAAAAUGGCUUCAACACCAUGUGACAAGUACAGGCCUAUCUUGCAGGAGGAACCAGAAAAGGUUCAAUGGCGACACGGUGGUCCUCCGAGGUACGAUGACGUGAACCGUCUCUUCGAAGAAGGCCGAACCAAGGAAUGGCCAGAAGGGUCGCUUGAAGAAACGGUACAGAAUGCUAUCAAGUCAUGGGAGAUGGAGCUUUCCCAUAAGGUUCGCUUACAGGACUUCAAAACCAUCAACCAAGAAAAGUUCAAGCUCAUCGUUAAUGGUUGAUGAAUCUUUGAGAGCCGAGGACGUAGAGAUUUACUACGACCCAGCAGAGCUAUUUUCCGGCCUACUAAAGGGGCCACC